UCUCUCUUUAGCGGUCUACGUUGACACGGAAGCACUCACAUUCUCUGCAUUUGAAAACUCGAAAGUCAAACGUGUUAAGCAUUACCGUUCAAAACUAAUAUUUCUCUCAGAUUUCCAUAAAAUAGAUGUCUGAAAACAGCAUGCGUCGUCACAGCUGUGAUUAUUUUCUCCGCGUGGGGAUUCAGUGGAUAUGAAUUACUUCAGUUGGUGACGUUUCUUUGAAAGCACAGCAAUUAUGGAUCAAGAGUCAUGGUUGAGCUGUGAGAAGACUGCUGUGCUACAGGGAGGAUUCUUACUAGCCAAUCAGAAAUGCCAACCUGAGCCACUGCUGUCUCUGAAAAAAGAGGACUGGGAUCGGAUUGGAUGUCCAAUUGUUAACGCAGUCAAAGAGAUAUGUGAACAUUCACUCAGAGACUCCAAAGACAGAGUCCAUUGGAGAAAGAGGAUUCUCUGUAUUGUAUGGAGCAAAAUCUUAGAAGUGAAGAACAAAGAGGACAUUGAUAUCAGAUGGAAGGAAGACCCAUUGUUUGCUGUACAGAACAGCCUUCCUGAUAUUAAUCAUACUGUGCUGUUUGAGCUGGUGAAGUCGAUGAGCUUUUCUACUAUCUAUGUGGAGCUGCUGUUGUGCUUCCAACCAGCUGAACGGUGCGAAGAGCUCAAGCUGCUAGUUGAUCAUGUGACAAGCAGCAGCACAGAAGCAGAUGUGAAGCUGCUGUUGGAUGUGUGGUGGGAAUUACUGAAGGGCAGGAGAGGAUGUCUUGAUGCCUUAGACCAGCUCUUUACAGCUCAGUGUUCACGCUCCACAAUGUCCACGACGGAGCCAUCACCUCUGGCAUCAAAAAGAUUCAAACCUGACCCAGAAUCCACAUGUGUGGUACAUGUACUGUUUGAGGGACUCCGGAAAAUAAAAGAGCAUUUGACUUCCUCUGAGUUGAGUUAUUUUGCUCUCUCUAAUUGCCUGGACACGUUGUAUACCAACUACCUUAUAAGUAAUGCUACUCAUCUCUCCAUAGAAGUUAAACUCCAAAAUAUCUCUCGCACAGUAAGCCUUAAAAAGAGAGAUGAAGUGAUGGAUGGUUUUGACCUGGUUGAGGUCAUACGUGAGGCUCAGAGAGACCUUGCUGCCCCUCUCACUCCUGCUGAGACCAAACCGUCUGGAAUGACAUUCAUCCAGGCCAUGCAGGUUAUACUUGAGAUUAUAUGCUCCUGGGAGGUUAUGGGGCUUCUGACGAUGUCCAGCAGCGACCUCAGUGCCAUUGCGAUCCGUCUUAAAGAUAGCCUGGAUAGAGUUCUGACGUCUUUAGAGCAACCAUCCCAUGCAAAAGACCUGGUUGGAAGUGGACAGACUUUGAAUAAUUUGAGAGUGGCUUUGAAAGGCUUAACGGCGUCUUUAUCAUUCACUGUUCCUGAAAGUUCUGCAGAGGAAGUAGCAAAUAUUUCCAUCACCAUCUUAGACCAUCAUCUUGAGGGGUUCGAAGGCCUUCCUGGACUGUUUGCCUCCAAGCUUAGUCAGAACUUCAGUGAGACUGAGUGGAUUCAGUGUCUGGAGAGAAAUAAGAGUUUGUUUCAUACCAAAGAGCUUUUGAUGAUGUUGAUCUCCACGCUUACUGCUAAAUGUCAAAGUGACGCUGAUGUUCAGCACUGCAAAAAGCUUAAGAAUGUUAUUGUAAGCAUAUUUUCCAACUUGACCUUACCUGACAAGAAUGCUACGCUUUCAGAAAUGCUCUCCAUCUCCAGAAAAGGUCUUCACGGAUUUCUUCCAAGUUCUGUAACUACAGGUUUCUCAGAAGAGCUCAAUCUGGCCUUCAACAGCAUCAUUCAGAGUGGUGCAAACAGCAGCCUUGAUGCAGCAGUCUCUGCUGUGGGCCGAGUGGCUUUACAGAAUCCUGAAGCCACUAUGCGGCGAUGCUGCCACAUGGCUGUUGUCAACCUCGGAGCUCACACUCUGAUAGCCGAGAUCCUCCAGCAGCUGUCGGGUCUUAUGUCUUCACCGGGAGUUCACAAAGACAACCUGCUGUGUAGAUGCCUGCAAGACACUGUGUGGAGAAAACUGUCCUCACUUCAAGAGGAGAACCAAUUUCUACAAUUCGUGGGUGAGCUGAUGAAGUGCAACAUAACUGGAAGCACAGGAGAAAAGCGAAGUUUUCUUCCUCCGGAAGAAGUCUUGCAUGUGUUCGUCCAGCCAUAUCUUCUCCCAGCAUCUUCCAGCUCUUGCAACUUAGAGUUUUGUCUCCGACUUCUUCAGUGCACCCUGAACCAGGAGACCAGGAGUGACUCAACGCAUUGGAUAAUGAGUUGCUCUCCAUUCCCGCUUUUAUAUUGUCUGGCUCAACUCUUGAAUGAGUGCAGUAGGUGCUGGGACCAACCAGUAGAGAGUGAGAUGCUCAUCUCCACUGAGUCCAAAGAGCUGCUGUUAAAUGUUCUGCUCACGCUAGGAAAAAUUGUUGGCAAGGAAGUGGUCUGUGCACCUGAUGCUUGGUCCAGAGCUCUCUUUUGGCUCUACAGCAAAGUGGAGGAACUGGAUUGGACUGUGCGUUUUUACCUGAAGGAUGUAUGGGGGAACCAUUUCAAGUAUGAAGUUCCAAACUCUCUGUUGUUAGUUUGUGAUCUUCCUGAGCGGGAAUGGUCCGGCCUGGACUUGCCCCAGUAUGGCCAAGGCACUGGACUUGUAGCAUGGUUCGAAUGCUGUGCUAUGUCAGACCGUGUUCAUGAGGCAAUGCUGGAAACUCUUGCACUAAACCUGCUGAAACCAGAUGAAGUCAACAUGUUCAGCAAGGGCCUGUUAGUUGCAGCAUGUCAGAUUCUCCCGUGGUGCACGUCUGGGGAAUGGGAAAGACUUCUGAAAGUGUUACAAGCACUUCUACAGUCAGGCAAACUCUAUGUGCCGUACUCUUUAGAAUACGUUGACUUCCUUCCGUUACUCGAUCUACGUUCGUUUGCCGGCGAGUUGCGCCUAUCAGUGUUUCUUCUACGAAUCUUCCAGCUGCUCUGCAGUUCCAGCUGUUCUGAUUGGUUUCCACCUCAAGGCUGGGUGCAUACGGGAAGGCUCUACGCCAGUGCGAUGAGGGGCAUUAUUGGCUCGGUCAUUGAGAAGAUUCCCACUACGCCAUCCUCCAAAACCUCUGGAGCUUGCUCUCAGGAAGUUCUGUUUGUGUUGACUCAGCUCUUCUGCCAUGUGCUCCACGUGCAAGUGAUGAUACCUGGCCAGCCAGAGGCACUGUUCCUUUGUGCCCUGGAGAUUCUGACCCACUAUGAGGCCGUGCUCUCAGCAUAUCCCGACAGCUGCACUGCCCUACAGGGACUCAACACGCGUCACUUCUUCACUACAAUCACAGACAAUUUGAAUUGUGCAGACAUGAAAGCUGCUCUACAGCAGAAGAUAGCUCAGUUAUGAAAUCACACAAGGAACUCAACACAAUUAAGGGUGAUGGCUACACCAUAAGUUUGAAUUUGUUCACUUGGUUUGUCACGGAUCAAAGAUAAAUAAAUAAUUGUGCAUAAUA